AUACGGAGCCUGCUAGCUGGCCGUCUCCCCCGGUUCGUGUCGUUUUUCUGCUCUUGCUGCUGUUGAUUGAGAGGAGAGAGAGAUGCAGGGUAGCUCCACGAUUCUCUUGUUGGCACUGUGGAUGUCUCUGGCGUCUGCCCAAGAUAUCUACGUGAGACUCACAAACACGGUCACCCAGGGACCUGGAAGUCAGUACGAAGGAAGGGUGGAGGUGUACUACAGUGGCCAAUGGGGUACUAUCUGCAGUCGUGGCUUCGAUUGGGAAGACGCACACGUCAUUUGCGUCAUGGCCGGCUUUGGUACCGCUGUCCGUCCCGUCACUGAUGGCUUCUAUGGACCUGCAAACAGCAAUGUACCCAUUCUCCUGGAAGAUGUUGGGUGUAAUGGAACCGAGACGUCUCUCGUCAACUGUGAUGUGACAUGGAACAGAGUCGGACCGGAAUGCGGUCACAAUAAUGACUCUGGUGUCGUCUGCACCGAUGAUUUUGCAGUACGACUGGUGGACGGUGAUGUUCCGAAUCAAGGUCGAGUCGAAGUCUACCAUGAUGGCGAAUGGGGCAGCAUUUGCGACGAUUUCUUCGGUUUCGAGGAAGCUGUUGUCAUCUGUCACGAACUAGGGUUCCCUGGAGCUGAUGACUCUCGGCAUAGAGGAGGAGCAUUCCCUGGAGGAAACGGGCUGAUUUGGAUGGACAAUCUCCAGUGCACGGGUCACGAGACCUCCAUUGCCGAGUGUACCUUCCCUGGAUGGGGGAGUCACAACUGCAGACAUAGUGAAGACGCUGGCGUUAUCUGCACUCCAGCCUCUCACAAUCCAUUCACCUACGUCCCUAUUCGUCUCAACAAUGGAUCCGCAACCUCAAACUCCACCGGUGGAGAUUUGCAGUACGGUAGAGUUGAGAUGUUCAUCAACAACACGUGGGGUACAGUAUGUGACGACGGAUGGGGAAUUGAAGAUGCCGACAUUGCCUGCAGACAACUUGGUUUCUUCGGUGCCUUGCUGGCGUCGAGUCGCUCGGAGUACGCGCAAGUGGCGCCCUCCACGGUCCCCAUUUACUGGGACGAAGUUCUGUGCCAUGGAGACGAAGUGGCCCUCAGCGAGUGUCACCACAGGACCACUGGCGUCCACGACUGCUCUCACUAUGAAGAUGCUGGCGUCUUCUGUACUAUCGACGACGUAGUACCAGAUGCUCCUAAAGUCCGCCUCGCCAUAAACAACAACGGAAGUCUCGACGAGAACGGUCACGCAUUCGAAGGCCGCGUAGAAGUCAACUUUUACGGAGUCUGGGGAACUAUUUGUGAUGACUACUGGAGUUUGGCCGACGGCGACGUCAUUUGCAGGACGUUGGGGUACACGUAUGCGGACGAGGUGGGGUACAGUGCCGUGUUUGGUACCGGAACGGGACCGAUCUGGAUGGACGAUGUCCAGUGCGAGGGAACAGAGUCCAGGAUUGACCAAUGCGACUUCCCUGGCUGGGGCGUUCACAACUGCUACCACUUCGAGGACGCCUCCGUUGUCUGCUCGUACCGACAGCCAGGUAGUGAUGUGAGACUGGUCGGAGGUUCCAGUUCAAUGGAAGGCCGCGUCGAAGUUCUGCACGAAGGAGUGUGGGGAACGGUAUGUGGCGACGACUGGGGAUCUGGAGAUGCGCAGGUCGUCUGCCACCAACUCGGUUUCUAUGGCACCGCUACGGCCGUACGAGGCACGCAGUUCGGCUUUGCGUCGUCGAGCCAACCGAUCUGGUUGGACGACGUGGGGUGCACGGGGUCAGAAAUGUAUCUGUCCAACUGCAGCCACAGUGGCUUUGGAAAUCAUGACUGCUACCACUACCAAGACGCUGGAGUCGUCUGUCAAGGUUCGCCAUUUUUGAUUCCUGUUCGUCUCUCGAAUGGAACUCGACCGAAUGAGGGAACUGUUGAAAUAUUCUACCAGAACAGAUGGGGCACUAUUUGUGAUAUUUUCUGGACGCUUCAAGACGCCAACGUAGUCUGCAGACAACUCGGAUAUGAUGGUGCCUACAAUGCUACUCACAGCUCCUACUAUGGCGACAGUGGACUAACAACUGUCAUGGCGUACACCGAUUGCUUCGGACAAGAAAGCCAGCUGGCAAACUGCACCGGUUUCCGUUACUCUCCGUACAUACCUCAGUGGUAUUGCGACGACAGCACUAUAGCUGGAGUCAUGUGCAUCGGAACGGAGGAGGGCCCGCCGCCGAUCCGUCUGGUGGGAGGGUCGGUGGCCCACGAGGGAAGGGUGGAGAUUCUGGUCCAGGGGCAGUGGGGCACGAUAUGCGACGACAUCUGGGACCCGGCAGAUGCCGAGGUGGUGUGCCGACAGCUGGGCUAUCUCGCCGAGGGCGCCGCGGCACUCCCGUUUGCUCAUUUCGGAGAGGGAUCGGGUCCAAUUGUACUGGACGAUGUGAACUGCACUGGACUUGAGCUGUACGUGACUGACUGCCCCAACUCUGGGUUUUACCUCCACAACUGUGCCCACUCAGAGGAUGCUGGAGUUCGCUGCAACUCUCGCGGUCCUCAGAAUGACUACACCUAUCCAAUAAGACUAGUCACAAAUGGGACGAUCACCACCCCCAACGAGGGGACGGUGGAAAUCCUUCACAACGGAACCUGGAGCGCCAUUUGCGAUGAUUACUGGGGUUACUCUGAGGCCGUCGUUGCCUGCCAUAUGCUUGGCUUCGCAACUGCAGUUCGCGCCUAUAUCAGAUCAUUCCAUGGACCAGUAGACGGUGAUACGUUCCUGGACAACGUGCGCUGUGCCGGGACCGAGAGAGAGAUAUUUGAAUGCUCUCAUAGCUCUAGUAUCAGCCGAAACUGUGACAAAACUCAACAAGCUGGCGUCUCCUGCACCAACUACACAGCCAGUGAGUAUACAAUAACGACUGGUAGGAGGCAGUGACCCACACGAGGGAAGAGUGGAGAUAUACUAUCAAGGAGAGUGGGGAACUGUUUGUGACGACAGCUGGGGACAACAGGAUGCCGAUGUGGUAUGCCACCAACUGGGCUACGCAAACGCCAGUCGCGCAACAGUCAGGGCGGAGUUUGGUCAGGGCACAGGCGAGAUCUGGCUCGACAAUGUCGCCUGUACCGGUUACGAAAACUCGCUUGACGAGUGUCGUAACAACGGCUGGGGCGACCAUAACUGCAUACAUAGAGAAGACGCCGGAGUUGUUUGUCAAGGCGAGCUACUUCCGAUUCGUCUAAGAGACGGCCACUCGGAAAUGGAGGGCAGGGUUGAGGUGUACUACAACGGCACGUGGGGGACGGUGUGCGACGAUUACUGGGACCUCAGAGACGCCACCGUGGUCUGCAGACAGCUGGGUUACGCCGAGGCCAUCAGCGCAGAGCUGUUCUCUCGCUUCGGAACCGGAGAAGGUCCGAUCUGGUUGGACGAUGUGGCGUGCGUUGGCACGGAAACCUCUCUGUUCGAGUGCUCCAGCACAGGCCUCGGGCAACACAACUGUCGGCACUACGAGGAUGCCGGAGUCAAUUGCAGCGACCACAUCACACCGUCUCCGGUGACGGACCUCCGACUGGUGGGCGGGGUCAACGCCACCGAGGGACGUGUGGAGAUCUUCUUCAACAACACGUGGGGAACGAUCUGUGAUGACUCGUGGGACUUCCGAGACGCUGAGGUCGUAUGCCGAUAUCUGGGCUUCGAGUCGGCCAUUGAAGCCCUUUCUAACGGAUAUUUCGGAGCCGGAGAUCCCGACCAGCCAAUCUGGUUGGACGACGUUGAUUGUUUCGGAAGCGAGAGCAUCAUUACGUCGUGUCUCACGUCACGAUUCGGGGUCCACAACUGUGUUCAUCUGGAGGAUGCGGGAGUCCGAUGCUACCUGUCCCACCCACUGGUGAGACUGGUCAAUGGUAACACUGAAGGAGAAGGCAGAGUCGAAGUGUUUCACCGCGGAUCCUGGGGGACAGUUUGCGACGACCACUGGAGUGAAAUCGACGCCAACAUCGUCUGUCAGGAGCUCGGUUUUGCCCGCGCCAUCAGUGCAUCCGGUUUCGCCACCUUUGGAGAAGGCAGUGGAACUGUAAGUUUAAAG